AUGAAGGCAGCUUUGGAGCAGGUUGGGAAGCGGUCCAACUUGUUGAAAUUGCAGGCCCAAGAAGCGUACAAUGCUGGGGAAGUUCCCGUCGGCUGCGUGUUUGUCCACAAGGGGGAAAUCAUUGGCAGGGGGAGGAAUAGGACCAAUGAGACGCUUAAUGGAACAAGCCAUGCAGAAUUUGUCGCAAUCGAUCGAAUAAUGCAAGCAGGGCACUCAUGGGAGGUGUUCGCAACCACGGAUCUCUACGUGACGGUCGAGCCAUGCGUCAUGUGCGCAUCAGCGCUGCGGCAUCUUAAUAUCCGCAAGGUGUACUUUGGAUGUGGGAAUGAUAAGUUUGGCGGGUGUGGCAAUGUGUUUGCUGUGCAUCAGGACACAACAAGCGAGGGAAGACCGUAUGAAGCAGAAGGUGGGUAUUACAGGGAAGAAGCAAUUAUGAUGCUUAGGAGGUUCUACCUCCGGCAGAACGACCAUGGUAUGAAAGCGAGGAACUCUGAUGCUACUGGGCAGUGGCUGAUCUGGACCGGUCUUGCAGCUCCAGCGCCGAAACGCAAAGCACAUCGGGUAUUGAAGACAGACAUCUGUUGA